UUGUCUUUAUCAGGUUCAGUCAAGCUGGAUUUAUUUUCCAACAGCUCUGAAUGUGUAACAGCAAUUAACAAAGGGUGCAUAUUGUUAAAUGACAUCAUAAUAAGAGCUGAGUAAAUGUGAGCAAAAUGAAAUAAACAUAUGGAGAAAUGAUGCAUAAACUAAAUACUCUGCAUUACUUCUGCACGAGGCUGGUGUUAAAGGGGACAAACGACAUUAGAUCAUGCAGCAUCUCAAGGGAUCAGGGCUGGUGACUCCACGGUACAGCUCCUGUAUAAAAUGACGGCUGCACUUUAAACCAUCUGGUAAACAAUGCUCCCCUCCAACAUCUCAGACUCUAUGACAGGAGGAGUGCCUCUCUCGGUGGACUUCGACAGUCCUGAGGAUUAUUUCAUCUUUAUUUUCCAGCUUUUGUUUGCAACAACUACUUCUCUGGUAGCCGGACCUGUGGUCAUUGCCAUACUGUCCACCAGAGCUCUGCGCCUCCAAAACAGGUUCAUCUUCAUGCUGAACACCAGUAUUUGUGACACGCUGGUUGGGUUUUCAGUCUUUUAUCUGGGUCUGUUUGAUGUUCAGGAGGGAUAUCCGUCUAGAAACGGGACUUUUAAUGUUUUACCAUCACUUCUAGGGAUCAAUAUAUUGACGUUUCUGUUCGCUCAGUUGGACAGAUAUUUUGCUGUGUGCCACCCUUUCAUCUACAGCCGCUUUAUAACGAGGCAGUUCGUGAUAGGCAUCAACAUCUACUGCUGGGUUUACAACGCUGCUCACCUGCUCGCCAGGAAUCUGUUGCCAGUUUCCAAAGCGAUGCAAAUGUACGCACUCAGCAUAGUCCUCUUACAGCUGAUCGUGCUCACCAAAGUGGUCAUGACCAUCAAACUGUAUGUAAUCGCCAGAGUCCAGCUUGAGAGAGAUCCUCCCAGCGCCGAGAGAGAGAGCAAGAAGGAAUCACUGAGAAUCAUCAUCUUUGUCGUCAUAAGCUUCCUGGUGUUGUGGUGCCCCUCUUUUGUGAAUAUUAUCAUCAGGUUUGUGGUGGGAGGAGGGCUGACGUUUAGGAACGAGGCCACCAAUCUUUUCGCCAUCAUGGCUCGUUUAAACGCAGUGUGCACACCGUCUGUGUAUAUCUGGGGGAGUCCGGCUCUGAGGGAGGCCAUGGUGAGGACAGUGUGGGGCAGAGUGUGUCCAAGGUGCAAGGCGAGAGUUGGCUCCUGUCAUGGGAAGGCAGAUGCCAAACAGUCAUGGAAAUAACAAGAACUGAUGGACGUAAUGGCUUUUACAUUAGAGGUAAUACAAUUUUGAAUUACUUCUACUAUCUC